AUGUCCGACCAAACAAAAUACACACAGAAACUCAAAGGCUCCAAAGUCCUGAUCAUCGGCGGAUCAGCAGGAAUUGGAUAUGGCGUAGCAGAAGCCUCCCUAGAGAAUGGCUGCACAGUCUUCAUCAGCUCAUCCAACCCUGAUCGCGUGCAGACGGCGGUCGAAAAGCUGAAGAAAUCCUACCCAUCCGCUUCAGACAGAAUCUCAGGCCACGCCUGCAAUCUCGCCGACGAAGCGAACCUGGAGCAGAACAUUGCCCAGCUCUUUGAGAAAGUCGGCACGGGUCUGGACCACGUGGUCCAUACGGCUGGAGACUCGUUGGCCGUUACGCCGGUUGGGGAGAUUAGUAUGGAGAGUGUGAAGAAAGCUGGCAUGGUGAGGUUUUUCGCUCCGUUGUUCAUCGGCAAGAUCGCUCCAAAAUACCUCAACCCGGGCCCCGCCUCGUCAAUCAUAAUCACAACCGGCGCCGUCUCCGAGCGGCCCAUCGACAACUGGACAGUCGUCAACAGCUACGCCACGGGACUGCAAGGCAUGACCCGCGGCCUGGCGCUAGAUCUCAAGCCCAUCCGUGUGAACCUCGUCAGUCCGGGGGCAGUCAACACGGAGCUCUGGGGCCACAUGACGGCAGAGCAGAAGGAAGGCAUGUUCAAGGAACUGUCGAAGAAGAUACCCGUCGGGAAGGUGGGGAGUGUGGAGGAUGUGGCGGAGAGUUAUUUGUAUCUUAUGAAGGAUCGGAAUGUUACUGGGGCGAUGAUUAGUACGAGUGGGGGGCAUUUGUUGGUUGGGUAG